AUGUUAUUAACAGCCACACACACACACACACACACGGGAGACGUGUUACCGUUAUUUUUUUUUGCCGGGAAACGUUGUGAGCGGAGAGAUAUUUUUACAGAUCGGUCUUUGCUCCGUCCUGCUCCGAUUUCAUCCGGGAUUUUUUUUGUAUUGAUUGAGGACAGACUAACAGAACUGAGAUGGACACAGCUUCUCCUCCACCCCCACCCCCCACCGCCGCCACCAGUGCCACUAGGAAGCCAGGCUCUUAAAACCCGUCCUAUGCCACAACCUCAGCCUGCAGCAAUACCUUACAGUGGGUACCCUCCCAUCCAGGAGACAAAUCCUUCACUGGAGGCUCUAACUGAUGCUCAGGGUGAAGAAGUGCUGCUACCUGUUCAAGUGCAAGAAGGACAAGAAGACAGUGAGGACAGUGAGGACAAAUACCACCCGGUGCAGGAGACUGAUCCCGCACCAGAGGCACUUAAUCAUCCACAAAUGGCAGAGCAACAAGAUGAACAAGCCACUCAAACAGACCCAUCUGGAGAGGGCCAAAUGGCUUGAAAGACUUUACUAUCUAUCUAUCUAUCUAUCUAUCUAUCUAUCUAUCUAUCUAUCUAUAU